UUCUUCUUGCUGCAGAAGUACCACCCAACAAGAGUACUUACUCUUGUUUACCAACCAUUUGCUGUUGCAACAAUUGCAAUAUUAGCGUACCGUGAAGCAAAGAUUAACACUAGAGUCCGCAACUUAACUGGAUAUACCCUCUUCUUCUUAAGCUCUCUCGCAAUAAUUAUUUUGGAUGUGGCAACUUCUGGAAAAGGAGGAAUUGGGGUCUUCAUUGGUAUUUGUAUUGUUAGCGGGGUUUUUGGAGUUGCUGAUGGCCAUGUUCAAGGGGGGAUGGUUGGUGAUUUGUCCUUAAUGUGUCCAGAAUUCAUCCAGUCCUUCCUGGCGGGGCUAGCUGCAUCUGGUGCCCUAACCUCUGGUUUAAGGCUAAUUACAAAAGCAGCAUUUGAGAAUUCUCAAGAUGGUCUUCGAAAGGGUGCAAUGCUAUUCUUUUCAAUUUCAUCAUUCUUCGAGUUAUUAUGUGUUCUUCUAUAUGCCUUCGUCUUCCCCAAGCUACCGAUCGUAAAGUACUACCGAGCAAAAGCAGCUUCUGAAGGAGCAACAACUGUCACUGCAGAUCUUGCAGCUGGUGGCAUUCAAACGCACAAUAAUCAAGGAGUCUGUGUCCCCCUGAUGGCUGAGGAGGAUCUGAAACUCUCAGAACGAUUGACGAACAGGCAGCUGUUGUGGCAAAAUAUAGAUUAUGCAAUCGAUGUGUUUCUGAUAUAUGUUUUGACCCUAUCAAUCUUCCCUGGAUUUUUGUCUGAGGACACCGGAUCCCACAGCUUAGGUUCAUGGUAUGCGCUUGUCUUGAUCGCGAUGUAUAAUGUGUGGGAUCUCAUUGGAAGAUACGUUCCUCUUCUCGAGUUCCUUAAGUUGACAUCUCGAAAGGGACUCACGGCCGCAACUCUCUCGCGCUUUGUGCUCAUCCCUGCAUUCUAUUUCACCGCUAAGUAUGGCGAUCAAGGGUGGAUGAUCAUGCUGACGUCGGUCCUAGGGCUGAGCAAUGGAUAUCUCACCGUCUGUGUUUUCAUGGCGGCACCCAGAGGAUACAAGGGACCUGAGCAAAAUGCUUUGGGAAACUUGCUUGUCCUCUGCCUAUUAGCAGGUAUAUUCUCAGGGGUCACACUUGAUUGGCUGUGGCUGAUUGGGAAAGGCUGGUAAUUUUGAAGUAUUUUUUGUUAUUGCCUCAUUAUGUUAUUAAUUGUUUUUUAUCUUUGGACGUCCUAUGUAAUACGAACUCAUAGUGUGGAAAUUAUGACUAUUGUUUAACUAUUCAGUGGCUGUCACUUCUCAGCCACCCUUCUGAAAAGUCAAUUUGCAGAAGCUUGAAAUGUAUUACCAAGCCAAAUUGUAAUUCCACUUUACGUGUUUAAUAUGAGUACGAGUUGAGUUCCUCCAUAUAAAUAAAGACAAGGAUAGAUUUAAUA